AUGUUGUCUAAAGUUUCGUUUGUCGUGGCCGCAGUCUAUGCGGUGACUGGAUACGCACAGACAACUACUCUCCGAACAACCUCAUCAUGCCAGGUCGUCUGUUAUGAUUACGUUAAUGCUUGCGGCCAAGGUUACGGUGGAUGCGUUCCUCGAUGCCCUGGUGAGCCAAUGCCAACAUUCAUAGCUCCAAGCUGCUCGAAGACCACAACCGGUCCAAUUACCACGACCUCGUUCAUCCCAACCACCACAAAGCCCACGACCAGCACGACCAGCUGUCCAACUAUGUGUAUCGACUAUCUCAAUACCUGUGGUGGUAUGUGGGGAACAUGUGUUCCAAGAUGCCCAGGCUCGACUCUCCCAACUUUCACCCCACCACCAUGCAAAUCUCCUACCACCCCAGCAGUCACUACCACCCCACCACCAACCACUACCCCCAGAUUAACGACUACUAGCACCACAUCUUGUCCAACUCUUUGCGUGGAUCAGCUGAAUAGCUGCGGUGCUUGGUGGGGAACAUGUAUCCCAAGAUGCCCUGGACAGACUAUGACGGCCGUUACUCCACCGCCAUGCACCGGCACCAGGACCACCGUCGUCAAUCCACUCCCAACUCUUAGGCCAUGGGAGCAGUGCGGUGGUACUACCUGGACCGGCCGUGGAGUUUGCUCAGAUGGAUAUGUCUGCUCCGUUUUCAACGAGUGGUAUAGCCAGUGUGUUCCAGCUUAA